AUGUUCAAGAAACUCGUCAAGCGCAGCCGGCGCCACGACUCGGACGACGACGAACCGAACGACCGCCAGCGCAUUAGCGUUGGGAGCAAGUCGACGAAAAAGCCCAAGUCGAAAAAGACGGCUGCCUUCCUCGAUGCUGACACGCUUGGCGCGCUCUCGAGCGCCGUGGCUGGCAAGCACAAGCUCAGCCCCGCGCGUCUUUGUCGCGUCUUUGAAAAGUACGACACCGACGAAGUCGGCGUCGUCGACGACGCGACGUUUGCCAAGUGCAUCAAGAAGCUCGGUGUCGGGUGGUCGAAAGACCAGUUAUCGGUUGUCCAGGACUGCUUUCGGGUGCGCCGACAAGCCAUCGACUAUUACAGCUUUGUGGACUUUGCCACGAGCACGCGCGACUCGGAAAAGCUCUCUGCGGUUGCCGCCGCGCUUUCCGAGGCCAUUGCCGACUAUGACAAGCGGUCGGGCGAGCAGCCCUUCAACCUGUACGAGUCGCUCGAGCGCGCCGACAAGAACGAGCGGGGGUGGCUCGCACCGGACGUGUUUCGCAAGUGCCUUACGCGACCCGUCGACAUGGAGCUCACGUCCAAACAAGUCAGCCUCCUCUUAGAUCGGUUCUCGUUUGAAUACGACACCAACAACGACGACGACGGUAUCGGCAUCGACUAUGCGCAAUUUGCGGCCUGGCUGCAGCCGUCGUUCCACUACAAAGCCAAGGAUUUACAAAAGCGUGUCCAAGGACUCUUUCUACAUGCCAAGAAGACGCAUGGGCUGCGUUGCAUUGACAUUUUCAAGGCCGUUGACGACGACGCCAGCGGUCUCAUUUCCCGACUCGAAUUCAAGGAGGCGCUCCACGACCUCGGAUUCCCCGUCACGGACGCGCAGAUCAAGGGGCUCAUCGAGUCGGUGGAUGGCGACGGCAACGGCAAGAUCGACUACAAGGAAUUCGCCGCUGCGUUUGGUGCACCCAGUGAAAACGACGACGAUGACGACGACGACGACGAAAAUGACACUGGCAAGACGACCAAGAGCAAAAAGCCCAAGAAAAUCCCGAGUCUCAAGGCGCUCAUUGAGCCGAGUGUGUUGUCUGCCAUGCUCACGGCCGUGCACGGCAAGCGCCGCAAGAACGGACUCGAUCUCGCGGCCGUGUUUGAAAAAUACGACACACACGAGCGGGGCUACCUCGACGCCGCGGCGUUCAGCAAAGGCGUUGCCAAGCUCGGCAUCAAGCUCAAGAAGGAUCACCUCGCCUGCCUAUGUCUAUGUUUUGGGGUCAAGAAGAAGACUGACGCGAUCAACUACUACGCCUUUGUUGACUACCUCCAGCAUCAGCCAGACACGAAGAAGCUCGAUAAAAUCCGGUCCAAGAUAUCGACGCAGCUCCGGGCGUUUGACAAGGCGUCCGGCGAAGCGCCGACCAACUUGCAUACGCAAUUGACGCAACUCGAUACCAAAGACGCGGGAUGGAUGCCGACGGCGACAGCCGACGCAUUUUUCAGCGACCACGGAGGCCUCCGUCUCUCGGCCUCCGAGAUUGAAACACUCCUCGAGCGCUUUGGCUACGACUACCCGGUGCGCGGCAAGUCCAAACCGGUGACAGGCGUGGACUACGACCAGUGCGCUCGCUGGCUACAGCCGACGUUGCAUCUUGACGUCCAAGCGCUGCAUGCCACCGUGCGAUCGCUUUUCCACCACGCCCAGAAGACGCAUCAGCUGCGCCUCAAAGAUGUGUUUCGGGACAUUGACGUCGAUGCGAGCGGUGUCAUUUCCUGCAUCGAAUUGAAAGAAACGCUCCAAGCCAUGGGGUUGCCCCUCACGGACGCACAGGUUCGAUGUCUCGUGGACGAGUAUGACACGGACGGCGACGGCAAAAUCAACUACCGCGAGUUUGUGGCAGCGAUCGGCGAGCCCGACGACAGCGACAACACGGCAUCAAAACAAAAGAAAGACAAAUCGCGGGGGUCGUCGCAAUCCAAGUCGCGCAGUGUCGUGCUCUCGCGCGAGAUUCUGGACGUCCUCACAAAAGCCGUGCAGGACAAGCAGAGGAGCUCGACAGACCUCGUCGCCAUCUUUGAGGCCCUCGAUGCCAACGAGUCGGGCUUCUUGGACCGUGAUCGCUUUGAAAAGGGACUUGGCAAGGCCAAAAUCAAGCUCAAGAAAGACCAACUCAAAGCCGUCGCCGCUUGCUUUCAGAACAGCAAAAAACGCGGCAUCGACUACUACCAAUUCGUCGAGUUUGCAUCGGCGCGGCACGACCUCGACGAGCUCGCGGCGAUAGGCGAUGGCAUGCGCAAGGCUAUUGCUUCGUACGACAAGCGGUCGGGCGAACAGCCGUACAAUGUUCUCGAGUUUCUCAAGCAACUCGACCGGAAAAAGCGACUGCGUCUCCCAGUCCGGGCCGUCAAGACCUUUUUGGCCGAAAACACUGUCGUGGACUUUCGGUUGAAAGACAAGGAAGUCGCUGCCGUCGUGGCGCAUUUCGAGUGUCACUACGACGACGGUGACGCCGGUGUCGACUAUGAGCAAUUUGCGCGCUGGCUGCAGCCGUCACUGCACUACGAUGUCGCCGAGCUCCAUGAUCAGCUCAAGCGUCUCUUCAAGAAGACGAAACUCAAGUGGCGCGACAUCUUCAAGGAGAUGGACGCGGACGGCAACGGUAUCGUGACGCGCCUCGAAUUCAAAGAGGCGUUGCGCGAUCUUGGCUUGCCCGUCACGGACGCCCAGUUGCGCUGCUUGAUGGACGAGUAUGACACGGAUGGGGACGGCAAGAUGGCGUAUGGCGAAUUCCUCCGAGCUCUCGGACAAGAUGACGAAGCCGAUGACGGCACCGAGACGGCAUCCCCAGCCUCGCCGUCGUUUCGCAAGAAAAUGGCUGCUCGCUUUACGUUUAGCUCGUCGAAAUCAAAGCGAGAGUCGAAAAAAGUACCCGGGUCCGAGUCCGAGUCGGAUGCGGCCGCGACCAAGCCCAAGCGGACAAAGUUGUCCAUUAAAUCUUUGUUCAGUCCAAAAGCCAAGGUCAAGAAACCGCCCGAGUCGAGUGAGGACGAUACGCCGGCGCCAUCCAAGAAGACCGCUAAAAAGAAACCUGCGGCAAGGAGCAGCAGCGACAGCGAGAGUCCGCAACCGAGAGCCAAAGCCAAGUCCAAAAAACUAGCUAUCUCGAGCGACGAGGCACCGGCAGCUUCGAAAAAGCGUCCUUCGGCCAAGAAGCCGCGAAGCGACAGCAGCGAGCCCCCGAGGCGCAAGAAGAAAGUGGUCUCGAGCGACGACGAUGCACCCAAAACCAAAACCAAAGCAUCCACAAAGGCGAAGCAACCGACAUCAUCCCGAAAGCCGCCCCCGUCCAGCGAUUCGAGUUCUGAGCAGCCACCGCCCAAGAAGUCAUCUCGCAGCAACGACCGCUCGCGUGGCAAGAAAACCAAAUCACGAUCGUCCAAAGCUAAAUCGCACAGCUCCACCGACAGCGCGGGAGCUCCGUCGCCGCCAAAUCGGGCAUCGAGAUCGGCACGCCGACAGUCGGCCACACCCAAGAAGGUUCGCUAUGUAAGCGACUCGAACGGACAACUGGCGCCGUCCGACGACGAGGGGGCGUCGUCGAACUCGUCGGGCAUGAAUGUGGCCGACCUUCGCAAGUACAAGGACCGAGCAAAAUCAAAGGCGAAGCGCAAGCGCCGGCGCCACGCCGAGUCGAGCACCGACGAAGAGGCGUCCGACGCCGAAUACCUCGCGCACAUGAAGCAAGCGCUCCGUAUUGCGUUCGAUUUCUACGACGUCGAUCGCAGCAACUCGAUCGACAAGGACGAGCUCGGGCAUAUUCUCCGCGCAGUCGGCGACGACGUGACAGUCGAUGAGCUUGGCAACAUCAUGCGCGCCGUGGACUUGGACGCGAGCGGGCAGAUCGAGUUUGACGAGUUCUACCUCAUGAUGAAAACACGUCUGUACGAGCAGCGCGUGGUGUUUCGCGCCAAGACCGAGCUCGAAGUGCGCGCGAUCUUUGAUCAAAUCGACGCGGACCGCAACCGCGUGCUUGACACGGCCGAAUUUUACCACGCGCUUGUGCACGAACUUCAGAUUCCACUCACACCAGACGAGUUUGACGCGGUCGUCGACGAGAUCGACACGUCCAACGACGGUCGCAUCGACAUUGAGGAGUUUAGCGCGUUUAUGCUGCUCGUCGAGCAGCUCUCGGGCGGCUCGGCGUCGACGCAGCACUUGGCGCACCUCUGUAGCGACGCCAUUUCGGGCAUGAAAAAAAUUGCACGUGGCGCGCCGCGGGACCCCGAAGCUCACCUGCUCGCGCUCCUUGGUGUCCCGACCAACUUUCGACACGCGGUGACGAGCACGGCGCGCCGUGUUCAGAAACACUCGAUGGAGUAUGUGCUGUCGUUCCCGCCCCCCGAAACGGUGUACAACAUGGCACAGCACGGCAACCUGGCGCUCGUACCAACGCAAACACUGCAGGAGGCGUGGGCAGGCGUCGAAGCAUCCGAAGCGCUGCAAAAGCAAGCGAUCGUGUCGCUCAAGCUCGCAAAAGGCGUGCCGGCGCCGUACGACAAACGCGAACACGACGUCGUGGGGCGAAAAGUGCGCGUCUGCUUCUUUGACAUGGCCGACGCCACAAGUGCUACGACAGCCCACGGCGUCCGGCGUCUCGAGGGUCAAAUCGUCGGCAACAUCCACGAAAUUUCCGUCGCGUGGUCGAAAAAAGAGGAAGACGUGUGGUACUUUUCCCGCGCCGCAACCAAAGCCGACGACUACAAGUUUAUCGUGCGCACGAAUACGCCGGCCGACGACCUUUACCUCUUUAUUGAGUUUGUUCUCGAGCUCAAGAGCGAGACUGCCCACGAAAUGCACCAAGCCGCGACCAAAGCAAAGUACAAGGCACCACCCCCGGCCCACGCGUUGGUUCCUAUCGAAAUGGUGUGUUGCUGGGCGAAAAUUCCCGUCGCUCAACUCCUCGCGCCGGGCAGCCAAGAUGUUGUUCGCUUUGACGUACCAUUGUACGGCGGUUCGAUCCUUAACCCGGUCGAGCUUGACGAGGACGAGAUUUCGCGACGGCGCAGCGGGUGGCGGGCGCUCAAGAAGGCACUCACGGCCUAUAGCCCACCCCAGCUCCACGUCAAAAGCCUCCAGAUUCCCAAAUUACCCUACCCUGAAAAACUGCAAAUUGCGCAGCUGCCGUCGACCAUCAUUGCCCCGUACUCGGCCGUGUCCAUCAUCCAGGAUUACAUGAGCCUCAUGAAGACGGUCCUCUCGACGCUCGAGUCGCCGUCGCACGUCUACACGUGUGAGCCCGCUCUCAAGCUUUUUCCUCGCAUCUUGGACGAUGCCGAUGUGUACGAGGCCUUCCGCGCGGUUGCUGCCGAGCAAUUGCGCCCGGGCAUGUUCAAGACGCUCGCUGAGCGCCACGACCGCUUUAAAAGCGUAGUUCUACGCAUGUGGCCAGCGUUUACCGCACCCCGUGCCCGUAUCGACAUUGGCGGUGACACAGACGACAAGACCAGCAGUCGUCUCCAAGCGCACCUCGACGAUAUGGCCAAAGGGUCAACCAGUUUGAACCCGACAUUUUCAACAUUUUUGGAUAGAAAAUUUGGUUUUACCGAUGUCAAGGAGCCAACAACGCCGUUCCACAUUCGUGAAGUGUCGUUUGAACGUUUAUUGUAA